UCCUGCGUGUAUGUCUCUAGUCUAUGCCCACUCUUGGACGAAUGCAUGGUGGUGUACCUGGACGACAUCGUCAUCUACUCGCGCUACAUGCAGCAGCACGUCGAACAUUUGCGACGCGUCUUCGACAUUCUUCGACGAGAACGAUUCUACGUCAAAUUAUCUAAGAGCGAAUUCGCCAUCGAGAAGAAUCCAAUACCUAGGACACAUGGUGAGCGCUCAAGGAGUUCACGUUGACCCCAAGAAGAUCGAAGCCGUACGCAUGUGGAAGACACCCGAAAACGUGAAGGAGUUGCAGCUGUUCCUAGGCUUCGCUAACUAUUAUAACAGGUUCGUGCCACAGUACGCGAAAAUCGCAACACCACUUACGAAUCUGCUGAAGAAGAACACACCCUAUAAGUGGGAACCAAAACAUCAGGAAGCCGUAGAGCAGCUGAAACAAGCACUCACAUCCGCACCCGUACUCAUCUUGCUAGACCCCGAACGCGACUACGUCAUCGAAGCUGACGCUAGUGACCAGGCAGUGGGAGCAGUCUUGAUGCAAGACCAGGGGAAUGGAGUGCAACCAAUCACCUACCUCAGCAAGAAACUAUACGGGGCAGACUUAAACUCCCCGAUACACGACAAGGAGGCCCUUGCUAUUAUUAUUGCCUUCAAAUCGUGGAGAUGUUAUCUUGAAGGACGAAAAACAGCCGUCUACAUUGACCAUUGCAGCUUGAAAUAUUUGAAGACACAACCAAACCUCUCCAGGCGGCAGGUCCGGUUGAUUGAAUUCCUCGAGACGCACUUCCACAAUGACAUCGGGUACAAGCCCAGCCACGAAAUCAAAGUAGAUGCUCUCAGUCGACCUACACAUGUUGCCGCCAUCCAAGUCGAAGGGAUGAACCCACUACUCAAGGGACUCUUCACACACGGGUAUGCCAUUGACCCCGAACAUCAGCCAUAGUUCAACCUGCACACGAUUUCAUCAC